CGGGCUGGGACUCAGGAGACCUGGCUCCAACGCACAGCUCUACCACUGAUGCCCACUGCGACCUGGGGGGGCAGAUCCUGCUGCAGAAUGAACGCCACCGAGUUGUAUGAUUACUACGAUCCUGACUCGUACCCUAACUUCACUGCGCCCGUCUUCAACACGACGGAUCCACAGCUGACCCCAGUCCUGUGGGCGUCUCUGGUUCUCUACUCCCUCGUCUUCCUGCUGGGCGUGCCGGGGAACGCGGCUGUCAUCUGGGUGAUCGGCUACGGGAUGAAGCGCACGGUGAACACCGUCUGGUUCCUCAACCUGGCGGUGGCCGACCUACUGUGCUGCCUGGCGCUGCCGUUCCUGGCCGUGCCCGUGGCCCGCGGCAACCGCUGGGAGCUGGGUGACUUCGCCUGCAAGCUGCUCCCAUCCCUCACCAUCCUGAACAUGUUUGCCAGCAUCCUGCUCCUGACGGCCAUCAGCGUGGAUCGCUGCGCCCUGGUGACCAGGCCCAUCUGGUGCCAGAACCACCGCACGACCCGGCUGGCCUGGGGCAUGAGUGGGGCAGCCUGGCUCCUGGCUCUGCUCAUGACCCUCCCAACCUUCAUCUUCCGGAAGACGCACGCCGAAGCGUUCUCAGACAAAGUGACGUGUGUCCUGGAGUACGCUCAAGUGUCCAGUUACCAGACCGCCGUUGAGGUGUCCAUCGCUACCUUCCGCUUCGCCGCCGGCUUCCUGGUCCCCUUCGUGGUGAUCGCCACCUGCUACGGCCUGGUCCUGGCCCGCGUCCAGGGUAGCUGCUUGGUCCGAUGGCACAGGCCCACGGUGGUCGUGCUGGUAGUGAUCGUCGGCUUCUUUGCCUGCUGGCUGCCCUACCAUGUGGUGGGGCUGAUCCUGGCCGCCCACACCCCCAGCGCCCGUCUGUACAAGCUGGCAGAUGCCACCCAGCCCCUCGUCGUCAGCCUGGCCUACGUCAACAGCUGCCUCAACCCCAUCAUCUACGUGGGGAUGAGCCGGGGCUUCCGGGGCUUGGUGCAAAGCCGCCUGGCUGACAUCCUCCAGGAGGAGGGGGCAGACCUAGGGGGUGAGGCCCAGGCUCAGCUCACCUCCACGAGCAGCGGGCAGGUUUAGGUCCAUGGGGGUCCCCCAGCUCGGGCAGGACCAGGAGAGCAGGGGACUGGACUGGACUGAGCAGGCGAGAUGCUCGCACCCCAGCUGCUGUGCCCUGUGGGAUGCUGAGAUGCUGUGCCCUGCGGGUACCACGUCUGUGCCUUGCGUGGUCGCUGAGGGAGUCUCUGCAGAGUCGGCUGGAGGGGGCAGUAAGAUCUGCUGCCCCCCGAGCAUCCUGCAGCCCCUCAGCGAAGGGGCUAGCUCCGUAUUACCACUGAACUGCUCCGACUGGAAGCUCUGGGGGCAGGGACUGUCUCUGUUCUGCAUGUGUACGGUGCCGCUGCAA